GUGUCUCGCCAAGAUGAGGAAGAAGGUUUGUCUUCACAUUUAUUGAAUGAGUCCAAGGUUUUGUUAAUGGGCAAAUCAGGAUCGGGGAAAACGAGCAUGAGAAGCAUAAUAUUUUCCAAUUUUAUUGCCAGAGACACAAGACGUCUUGGCCCAACAAUGGAUGUUGAACACGUUCAUUUAAGAUUUCUGGGUGGUUUGGUUCUGAAUCUUUGGGAUUGUGGAGGGCAAGCUGGUUUCAUGGAGAGUUAUUUUGCAACUCAAAGGGAGAACAUCUUUCGCAACGUUGAGGUUCUCAUCUAUGUGUUUGAUGUAGAAAGCCAAGACUCAAAAAAGGAUAUGGCUUACUAUCGGUCUUGUUUGGAGGCCAUUAAUGAACAUUCGCCUGGGGCAAAAAUUUUCUGUCUUGUCCACAAAAUGGACCUUGUCAAUGAGGCGAAACGCAGCUCCGUUUUUGCCGAGCGUGAAAGGCAACUUAUAGCCGCUACUCGACCCGAUCACUGUGUCUGCUUCGGAACCUCGAUUUGGGAUGAGACUCUGUACAAAGCCUGGUCAAGGAUAGUCUACCAAAUGGUGCCUAAUGUCCAAGCUCUGGAAAAGAAUCUAAUUCAGCUUUGUGAUGUACUUGAGGCGGAUGAGAUCAUCCUAUUUGAGAGAUCUACCUUCUUGGAGAUAGCUUGUCAUACUGCAAAGGAACACCCUGACCCGCACCGGUUUGACAAAAUUAGUACCAUCAUCAAACAGUUCAAGUUAUCGUGUAGCAAGGUCGGAGCAAACUUCAUUGCCAUAGAGCUGCAAACUCCCCAAUUCUCGGCUUUUAUUGACGUAUUCACGCCAAACACCUAUGUCAUGGUGAUAAUGUCCGACCCAACAAUUGCCUCUUCCGCUACCCUACUCAACAUCCGAAACGCCAAAAAGUACUUCGAGAAAUUGGAAAAGGUGGAGACGCCCCAUUCGGCUAUCGUGGCUUGA